ACAGCAACUCCUGUCUGCCUGUCAUUCAGAUAUAGCACAUGCAGCUUGUAAAGAUAACCGUUUCCAUGGUGUGCGUUCAGGUCAGAUGUAAUUCUGUGCACUUAGAUUCAGUGUCAGCCUUUUAAUAAAUGUGCAGUCUUAUCUUAAGCUUGGAGCAGUAUGCAUUACACAGGAUAUGAUGUUGGUUGUGCCAGAGUUUAUAUAUUACCAAGUCAGAGUCCUAAACGCUGCCGGACGAGUAACAGGAAGAGUUUAAUUGGUAGCGGGCAGUCUUCAGCCCUGCCUCGACCUCACUCACCAUUGUCUGCUCACACAGGAGGUAGUCCUCAAGAGAGCCCAAGAAAUUUCUCUCCAAGUGCUUCAGCUCAUUUUAAUUUUGCUCGAAGGACUGAUGGACGACGGUGGUCUCUGGCAUCUCUACCUUCCUCAGGAUAUGGCACAAAUACUCCCAGCUCUACCAUCUCUUCAUCCUGUUCCUCUCAAGAAAAGCUGCACCAGCUGCCGUACCAGCCCACGCCGGAUGAGCUGCACUUUCUCUCCAAGCACUUCUGUACCGAGAGCAUCGCCAGUGACGACAGGUGCAGGGCCACACCGAUGCGGCCUCGAUCCAGGAGUCUCAGUCCUGGACGUUCGUCUGCCUGCUGCGACCAUGAGAUUAUUAUGAUGAACCAUGUCUACAAAGAGCGAUUUCCCAAGGCCACGGCUCAGAUGGAAGAGCGACUUCAGGAGAUUAUCACAAACUACUCUCCUGACAACGUUCUUCCCUUUGCAGAUGGAGUUCUCAGCUUCACACACCAUCAAAUCAUCGAAUUGGCACGAGAUGCUCUAGAUAAGUCUCACCAGGGCCUCAUAACUUCACGCUACUUCUUUGAAUUACAGGAGAAGCUGGAAAAAUUGUUACAGGAGGCUCAUGAACGUUCAGAAAGUGGAGAGGUAGCAAUUAUCAACCAACUAGUGAAGAAGUUUCUGAUUGUCAUUGCUCGGCCUGCCCGGUUGCUGGAAUGUCUGGAAUUUGACCCUGAAGAAUUCUACCACCUCUUGGAGGCAGCUGAAGGCCAUGCUAAAGAGGGGCAGGGCAUUAAAACUGAUAUUCCCCGAUAUAUCAUCAGCCAGCUGGGCCUCACCAGGGAUCCGCUUGAAGAAAUGGCUCAGCUGGCUAGCUAUGAUAGCGGGACAGGAGAAACUACAGAAACUGAUGACUCCCUAAGUAGUUCCAAGACAAAUGCCUUGGUAAAAUCUCGACGGAAACCCUGUGAAAUAGAUUUUGAAACAAUAAAGUUAAUAAGUAAUGGAGCAUAUGGAGCUGUGUAUUUGGUACGACAUAAGGAAACAAGACAAAGAUUCGCCAUGAAGAAAAUCAACAAGCAGAACCUUAUAUUAAGAAACCAAAUUCAGCAGGCCUUUGUGGAGCGUGAUAUCCUAACGUUUGCUGAAAAUCCAUUUGUGGUUAGCAUGUACUGUUCCUUUGAGACAAGACGGCACUUAUGCAUGGUGAUGGAGUAUGUUGAAGGGGGAGACUGUGCUACCUUACUAAAGAACAUGGGUCCUCUGCCUGUGGACAUGGCCAGAAUGUAUUUUGCGGAGACUGUCCUUGCCUUAGAAUACCUCCAUAACUACGGGAUUGUUCACAGAGAUCUAAAACCAGACAAUUUGCUUGUAACAUCCAUGGGUCACAUUAAGCUCACUGACUUUGGCCUGUCAAAAGUAGGCCUCAUGAGUAUGACAACCAACUUGUACGAGGGCCAUAUUGAGAAGGAUGCUCGUGAAUUUCUUGAUAAGCAGGUGUGUGGUACUCCAGAAUACAUUGCCCCUGAAGUGAUAUUGCGCCAAGGAUAUGGCAAGCCUGUGGACUGGUGGGCUAUGGGAAUUAUCCUAUACGAAUUUCUGGUUGGAUGUGUUCCUUUCUUUGGGGAUACACCCGAAGAGCUGUUUGGACAAGUCAUCAGUGAUGAUAUCAAUUGGCCUGAAAAGGAUGAAGCUCCACCCCCAGAUGCACAAGAUUUAAUCACAACAUUGCUAAAACAGAACCCAAUGGAACGGUUAGGAACAGGUGGUGCUUAUGAAGUAAAACAACACAUGUUUUUCUAUGGCCUGGACUGGAAUGGUUUGCUGAGGCAGAAGGCAGAGUUUAUUCCCCAGCUAGAAUCUGAGGAUGACACAAGUUAUUUUGACACUCGCUCUGAGAGGUAUCACCACAUGGAAACUGAAGGAGAGGAUGACACAAAUGAUGAGGACUUCAAUUUAGAAAUGCGCCAGUUUUCAUCGUGUUCACACAGAUUUUCCAAAGUUUAUAUAGGUGUGGAUCGGUUACUUCCCAAUCAUGGUGAAGAUAAGGAGGAUACUGGAGAUAAAUCUAAGAGCAGCAGCCUUUUGUCGACUGAGCCAUUGAGCUGGCCAUCAGAUUAUUCUGAAAUGCAGCAGUACUCCUCUGAUGCAGAGAGCUUUAGCCAGAGCCAGCAGUCUGGACAGCUUCCAAAAGUCGCCGUCUCUGCUGAGGAAGGAGAGCAAUCACCUUCUCCAGGUGAGCAUCACGAAGACUCAUCCAAAGUAGUAUCUUCACCAGAAGAGGCUGCCCAGGAAGAAGGUGAAGCAGUGACACCGGCUAGCACUCUAAGCAGUUCAACUCUUUCCGUUGGUAGUUUUUCAGAACACCUGGAUCAGCUUAGUGCAAGUGUGGACUGCACAGACAGUUCUUCAAAGCCAGCUAGUGAUCCUGUCUCCCAUGUGGCUCGUCAGAGAUUAGAAUCCACUGAGAAGCAGAGAGUGACUGGGAAGCUUCCUAAAUCAGCAUCUGCCAGUGCCCUGUCUCUCAUGAUUCCUGGAGAUCUUUUUGGUGUUUCUCCAUUGGGCAGCCCUAUGUCCCCUCAUUCUGCCUCUUCAAACCCUUCAUCGAGAGAUUCAUCUCCUAGCCGGGACUCUUCCAUGAGUGCAGUCAGUCCCUGGCAACCUAUAAUCAUUCAAAGCUCAGGGAAAAAGUUUGGUUUUACACUGAGAGCCAUCCGAGUGUAUGCAGGAGACAGUGAUGUUUACACAGUCCACCACAUGGUUUGGAAUGUAGAAGAAGGAAGUUCAGCUCAUCAGGCAGGGCUAAAAGCGGGUGACCUCAUUACUCAUGUUAACGGAGAGCCGGUGCACGGGCUUGUGCAUACUGAAGUGGUGGAACUGCUCUUGAAGAGUGGAAGCAAAGUGGCAAUUACCACAACUCCAUUUGAGAACACAUCAAUCAAAACAGGCCCUGCCAGGAGAAACAGCUAUAGAAGUCGAAUGGUUAGACGCAGCAAGAAACAAAGAAAAAAGAAACUCAGGAAAGGUAGAAGAUCAAUAUUCAAAAAAUUAGCAAAGCAGCCUUCUCCCCUUCUUCAUACAAGCCGGAGUUUCUCCUCUCUGAACCGAUCUUUGUCUUCUGGUGAAAGUCUUCCUGGUUCCCCUACGCACAGCCUUUCUCCUCGAUCUCCAACACUUAGCUUCAGAUCGUCGCCUGAUUUCCAGUCAGCAUCACCUUCAGCUACUCUGCAGGCUAAAAGUGCUACUACCUUAGUUUGUGCAAGUAUUACUGGGAGUAAGAACUCUACUGGUGUCAAAGCUGUGCACUUAAAGGAGCAAAAUACUGUUCUGGCUGCAAAACCUGAAAGCACUGCAGAGCCUCUGUCCAAAUGUGCUGGGAAUCUACAGUCCCAAAUCUCAGCUAAUACAGCACUUCCACAGAAGGAUACUGCCAUGUCUAAGGAAAAGAAUCAAUCAGUACACCCACAGUCAUGCAAAACACUGCAGACACUUGAGAAAGAUGACACACAACCAAACACUGUGCCAAAUUCAUUCACUGUUGUCAGUCAUUCUACAGUAAAUCAAUCUGUUUCAGUGAACAAACGUCACAAUAGUGAAGUAGAGUCAUUUGAUAAAAAUAGUAGGCAGGAACCCAGUCAUAAACCUGAAGAUGUUAGCACAAAAACAAGAAACCCUGAAAAAGGCACUUUAAUUAAUAACGAUGAUUUGGAAAAUCAACUGAGCACAGCAGAAAAACAAACUAUAGCCUUAAAGCAGAGAGACAUAUCCAUUGCAAAUAAAUGUCACCCAGCAAAUGUGCAGUCCGAUACCUUCUCAAAUACUGCAGCACUUUCUGAUGAUAGGAUUCUAGAUAGAAAUAACGGCACAGAAGCACUUUCUUCUAAAAGCAGCAAUGAUAAAAUGGAGUCUGUCAGUAUACCGGACUAUGAAAUAAGGGACAUAAAUAUGGACAGAUCAAUAACAGUAAGCAGAGAGGUUCUUGGUGUGAAGGGGAAAGAACAGGUUUCACAAAAACAGUUUCUUAAUACUGUCCUGCAGAGUCCUAGAAAAGAUCCCCCACUCUCUGCUGUUCAGACAUGUCUUUCGGGUACUUCUGUUAGUACAGAAAAGCCCACAGAGCAUGCUCCUACUGACAGAAGGCAAGAGACACUUGCAUUCAUCACCGCACCUUCAGCAAAAGCAAAACCAAGCACUGCUCAACCAAAAAGUGAGGUGGCAUUGAUUAGCUGCAGAGAGGUAAAGAAACAAACUGGUUCUGGAGUGAGGUGGACAGCACAAGAUAAUGAUGCUUUACCUUUAUCCACCAGCAGUAGGAGAAGUGAGCCACAGACUCACAUAUCCAGUGAUGCUUCUAAACAUGGGAACACUGAUAGCUCCUCCCUGAUUCACAAGAAGGAACAAAUGGAGUGCAAGGGAAAAGAUACUGGUCAAGUGUUGUCUCCUACCAUUAAGAAACAAAUGGCAGGCAAAGAUUUUUCAAAAACAGUAACUACUCCAGACAUCAACAAUUCCAGUUCACCUUCAGAGAAGGAGUCAGGACGACAGAAGAGAACUAAAGAAGUUUCGCAACUUAGUCCUCAGAAGAAAUUGUAAUUAACAGUGCCUGAUAGUAGUAACUGGGAUACUGGGAGACAUCGCCUUGCUGAAUUCUGCUGCCAUAUCAUUUCUCUUGUCGUUUACUAACAUUGUGUGGUAUUGUUUGCAAGGAUAUAGGGUAUUCAUGCCCUUAAUGAGUUGUUCUGUAACAAGUUAUGUGGUAUGCCUUUGUAUGAUAACUGGUAAACCUGUUAUCAUAUAGUGCUGCUGUUAAGUCUGCAGUGUUCCUUAGGGUGUCAUUUCACAUUUGAGAAAAAGUAAACACUGAGCCCUUCAAAAAAAAGUAAACAUUUAGCCCAACAAGUUACUGCUUACUCAUCCACUAAAUAUCGUUUUUCCCCACUGAUAACCUACUGAACAACUAUGAGCUCUAGUCCUGCUAGUGGUCAAUGAGUAGAAUGUCCCCCUUGCUGUAUUUUUUUCCUGUAUUUGCAUUUUAAUAUCUCUGUUGAUGUCACCAGCCUACAUGGUUAUAGUAUACAAUAUUUUCCUUCUGGCUACAUAAUUUUCUUUAGAGUCUGUUCCAUCAAAGGGAGAUCUGAGUAGGGGGAGACGAACUGUUUAGAAAAGGGUGCGUAGUGCUCGCAUACAAAUCAUACUUAUUGUUAGGAUAGUUCAAUCACCAUUUUAAAAGUAAUAAAAGUAAUCUUUCUAGUGAUUUGAGCAGAUGCAGAAACAAUUUUCUUUUCAAGAAAAGCCAGCGUAAGAGAAUCCAAAACAAAGAAUAGCUAUCACUAAAGAAAUUAUAUGUAUAGCUCAGACUGUUGGUGCAAACACAGCCAUGUUUAGUGGCAGCGGCAGACAGUUUCCAUUUGCCAGUUUGAAUCUUUUUGUCACAUCCUGUGUAUUGUAUGGCCACUUUUUGUUCAAGUUAGGGUGCAUUUAAAUACACUGUAGUGCUUUAAGAGCUUUACUGAUCAUGAAAGGAGUUUUUGUAACUUAAAAAAAUAAGUUGUAUCUUUUCUGUAAAUAUGUAUUUAUGUAAUAUGUUCAGUGUGAAUGUAUGAUACUUUGCUGCUGACGUAAUUGUUUACUGCAUUUCUGGAAAACUACUUUAACUUCUGUCAGCCACAUGGUUUUUAUUUUGGUCAGCUACAGAGGUAUAAAGCAGAAACACAACAAAUUUAUACUUGGCCAGUGACUUAAGCUGUGUUAAAAAUAAAGCACUGCACAAUUUUAAUCAUGUUAAAACAAAAAGGCUCAAAGGAAAUAUGCGUGUAUGUAUAUUUUGGCCAAGACCAUUUUCACACAAUUUUGAGUUUAGGCCUGCUUACUAGAAUAUUCACUUAAAACUCAAAGCCCCCAAAUAAAAUGUAUGACGUGUGCAUUGUCACAUUUCCCAUGUAACUAAUUCCUUAUAUCUUAACUAGGGAUGAAGGAAGUUUAAGAUUCUUUCUAUAAACAUAUAUAUAUCUAUCUAAAGUGGGUUUAUGUAUGACUGAACAUGUGACAUAUUGUUUGUAGUUCAAGUUCAUACCUAUCUUUACCUUCUAAAAGAAUUCUCUGAGACACUAAGAAACGUUUAGUAUCAGCAAUGUUUUCUUUCCUGACUCCAUUGUAAUUUGAAAAACAUGGAACAGUUUUUAAAAUAUUUAUAAUUGCAGCUUUUAUCAUUCUCUACAGUCUGUCCAUUUUUACCAGCAUUUAAAAGGGAGAUUAAAUAUUGGAAAAUAUAUCACUUACAUGCAUUAGAUUAUAUUUGAACACUUAGCUGGGGCCUUAUGUUGUAGAUGUAAAACUUGCUGCUUUUAGCAAGUUACAGGAUUUGCAUUCCUUAUGACUGCAUUGAGUAGCUCUGUACAUUUCAUAAAGCUUUUAUUUGUAUGACGAAAAGAAUUGUAAAUAUUGUAAAAAGAAAAAAAAAUGUUGUGUUUUGUAGUAAAGAACAUAUUGGAACUAUUUGGUGCUUGAAUGUGAUUGGCAAGUAUUUCAAUUUUGUAUAUUGUAAAACAUAAAAGAUUUAUUGUUUGAUAGUUUUCUCAUGUCUUAUGUUUUCAAAAAAAUAAAAUGCAUUAUGUUGCACGUCUGAAAGGCACUGUAGUAUACAUGGAGAUUGUUUAAACUGGGACAUAUUUAGGGAUGUCAUGCAUUCUCUAAAAACGUUAUCUAACAGUGUGCAGUAUGUUUAUUUACUUGAUCUGUUUGUAUACAAUGCUUUAUUAAAUCACCAUGUAAAGUUACUAGAAAUAUACUGUGUAGUUCUGUUGUUGAAAAAUGUAACUGUAUCUGGUGAUUAAGCUAGAUGUUAUUGCAGCAUGUUCAUGCAUCCACAAGACAGUGAAAACAUUAAAAAGAGCUGCAUUUAGUUUCAUAAAGGCACAAGGACAAUAUAACAGUGUUAGCUGUUUUGUCACAUACUGGCACUCUUGGAUUUCAUGACAUUCCUGUUUAGGAGGUACAUAACGUAAAGCCUUUUUUUUUUAAUUUGGAAAAAAAAAAUGUCGAGUUUACUUCUUUAAGACACAUUUUACUAUUUUGUUUACAAAUGCAUUGCAGAUGUAUAUUUUGUAUAUUGUAUUACAACUUCUUUUGCCAAAUCUCUGAUUUGCAUUUUUUUUUCAAAAGCCUGACUAGUACAUGUUGCUUGUAUUCACAUACAGUUGUAAUUAUUUGUAGUUUAUUCCUGUCAACCAGUUGUUGAGUAGAAACUGUUUCCGACAGUGUACUUGUCCAGUUAAUGUACAAAUAUAUGUCCAGAUGUGCUCUUCUUUACUGUUUCGUACUACCUAUAUUAUUGGUGUAUUGACAUAAAAAUUACUGUUUGUUAGGAUACGUGCAAUAAAAAGUAUUUUGCAAGGUU